GCAGGUGUUUUUGCAUGUAGGUCGGGGCGAGAGGAUGGAUGCGCAGCCCGAAAAUCGACGAUGAGCGCGCUCUCCGGGACGCUCGGCUCGGCGACCGUCGCGCGCUGAUCGUCGCCGGACCGUAACCCGCAGCAACACCGAUGAGCGCCGCCGGCAGCCCCGCGGGCAGCCCCAGGCAGCAAAACAAUUCAAACACCGGCGGCAGCCCCGCGGGCAGCCCGCGGCAGCCGAGCAGCCCCAUGGAGACCAAGUGGGAGAAGGCGCGCGCCGACUCGCCGGAGCUCUUCAAGCGGUCGCUGAGCCUCGAGGAGGCGGCGCAGCGCACGGCGAGCCCCUGGGACGAGGCGUCGGGCCUCGCGCGGCUGAGCUUCUGGUUCGUGCGGCCCCUGCUCUGCGCGUGGAGCCGGCGGGAGCCGUCGGCCGACGACCUGCCGAGCGUGCCCUGCCGCGACGAGCCGGCGGUCGUCGCCAAGCGCGUCGCGCGCGCCUGGCGCCGCGAGGCGCACGCGGGCGCGGACGAGAACCGGCCCGAGGAGGACGCGAGCCUGCUGCGGGCGCUCGGCGCGUGCUUCGCGCCGGAGCUCGCGGACCUGGGCUGGUGGAUGGCCCUCGAGUACGGCUGCCUCUUCGCCCAGGCCGCGCUCGGGGCGGCACGAGAGAGCGACGCCGCGCUCGUCGGUCCGCUCGUCGAGUGGCUCGCGCGGACGCACCGGCCGACCUACGAGGGCGUCGUCCUGGGCGCGGCGCUCGCGCUCACGUCCCUCCUCCAGGGCGUGAGCCACCACGCCGCCUUCUACGUGGGCAUGCGCGGCGGCUGGAACGCGCGCAUGGGCGUCGUCAUCCGCGUGCUCCACGACAAGCUCCUGAAGGCGUCGUCGGCCGAGGUGCGACGCCUGGGCGCGGGCUACGUCGUCUCGCUCGUCGCGUCGGACGUCAUGCGCUUCGACGCCGUGUCGACGUUCCUGUGGGCGCCGGUGUUGAGCGUCGUCGCCGUCGCCGCCGUCGUCGCCAUGGUCGCGGCGGCCGUCGGGCCGCUCGCCGCGAUCGCGGGGUGUUUCGUCGUGUUGGCGAGCGUCGCCGUGCAGAUCCGCCUCGGCGGCGAGCUCAAGCACGUGCGGAAGCGCGCGGCGGCGCGCACGGACGCGCGCGUGCGCCUCGUCAACGAGCUCCUGGGCGGCGUCGUCGCCGUGAAGGCGAGCUGCUGGGAGCGGCCCUUCGCCAGGGUCGUCGGCGGGCUGCGGAAGCUCGAGGCCGUCGAGAUCUACGCGUCGCAGCGGUUGAAGGCCGUGAACAGCGCCCUCUUCUUCUCGACGACGGCGCUCGCGGGCCUCGCGACCUUUGGGGUCUACGUGUUCGGGCCGAACGUCGGACGAGACGAAGGCCUCACCGUCGGCGCGGCGUCGACGGUCGUCGCCUCGUUGGCCGUGCUGCGCCUCAUCGUCGGCAAGCACCUCGCGCGCUUCACAUCGUUAGCCCCCGAGGCCUACGUGGCCGUGCGGCGCAUGGAGGCCUUCCUCAAGUGCCGCGUCGUCGUGCACAAGAGCGGGUGGCGCCGCGGCGGCUUCGCGCUCGCGGAGACGGGCGACCGGCGCAAGCCCUGGGGCGAGGUCGACCGGCGGAAGCGCGGCGAGGGCGACUUCAGCGACGAGAUCAACAUCCUCGUGCACCUGGACCACGCGGCCUUCGUGCGGCCGUCGGAGGCCGCGCGCGCGGAGCACUCGAAGAUCGCGGCGACGAUCGAGAACCGGACGCGGUCGCGGCGCGACACGGACGACGACCUCGAGAUGCUCGAGGCGGAGCUCGAGCACGAGCGGCUCCGGGAGACGCAGAACCUCUACUGGACGCCCGAGAGCGCCGCGGUGUCGAACCUGACGCUCGACGUGCGCCGCUUCGAGGUGUUGAUGCUCUCCGGGCCCGUGGGCUGCGGCAAGAGCUCGUUCCUCGAAGCGCUGCUCGGCGAGCUCGACCUCGUCCACGGCACGGCCACGGCGAAGGCCGGCGCGCUCGUCGCCUACGCGCCCCAGACGCCGACGAUCCUCGCCGCGACGCUCCGCGAGAACGUGCUCUUCGGCGAGCGCUUCGAGGAGCGGGCCUACGUCGACGCGCUGCGCGCGGCGGACCUCGAGCUCGACGUGGACCAGCUGCCCCGCGGCGACCAGACCCUGCUGGGCGAGCGCGGCGUCAACCUGAGCGGCGGGCAGAUGGCGCGCGUGAACUUGGCGCGCGCGGUCUACGUCGCGCGCUUCGCGUGUUUCCACAUGAAGAACGCCUACGGCCAGCCGCCGCCCGUCGUCGUCUUGCUCGACGACGUGUUAGCCGCCGUCGACGCCAGGGUGCAGCGCACGCUCGUCGCGAACUUGAAGGGGCUCGCGGUCGAGUGCGGUUGCGGCGUCGUCCUCGCGACGCACCAGAAGCAGCUCCUGGGGUCCGCGGACCGCGUCGUCUACCUGAACGCCAACGGCCGGAGCCCCGACGCCCACGAGCUCUACGUCGGGUCCCAGGACCACUACCCCGAGGCGUCGCGCCGCGCGUCGGAGGCGCAGGCGCUCGAGGACGCGCUCGUGCUCGCGCGGGGCACGUACACGUGCAGCGGCGUCGCCUGCGGCCCCGACGGCCGCGUCGCGCUGGACGGCGACGCGCUGGAGCAGAUCUCCUGCGGGUCCGGGCCCGGCGCGCUCCGCGACUACGACGACCUCGCGCAGGUCGCGUGCGUGGGGCAGCUGAGCCCGGCGUCCGCGUACCGGACCAUCCGCGACGUCAAGAUCGAGAUCGUCACGGACGUCGGCCUCACGGACGCCCUCGAGGAGGCCGGCGACGACGACGGCAGCGUCGACAGCCACGCGUCGAAGCACGAGGCGUCCGAUUUGGUCGUCGCCGAGGACCAGCGGGCGGGCCGCGUGCGGACGUCGACGUGGCGCGUCUACGCGGGCGCCGCGGGCGCGCCGGCCGUCGCGGGCGUCGCGGUGCUCUUCGUCGUCGCCCAGGUCGCCCUCAUGGCCGCGGACUACGCCGUGCUGCGCUGGGCCGAGGCGGACCGCGACGACCAGCGGGAGACGACGCACGUCGCGUCCUACGGCGCCGCGACGGCGGUGGUCGUGACGGCGUCCCUGGUCGGGGCCGUGGCCUUCUUCCGCAGCACGUCGCGCGCGUCGACGCGGCUCCACGACGGCGCGCUGCAGGGCAGCAAAAGAGAGCGAAAUUCCCAACUUCAAAGGCUCCUUUCUCGGCCGUUUUCCACUCGCGCGCUGGCCGCGCUCUUCGACGCGCCGCUCUGGUUCUUCCACGCGAACCCCGUCGGCCGCAUCCUGAACCGCUUCUCCGCGGACGUCGCGCAGGUCGACGAGCAGCUCGCCGUCGCUCUUUUCGACUUCGCGCAGUACGGGCUCAUGAUGGUCGGCGCGGUCGCGGCCGCGGUCGCCGCGGCGCCGUUCGUCCUCGCGGUCGCGCCCGCGGUCUACCUCGCGUUCCGGGCCGUCAAGGCGGAGGUCGUCACGUCGAUGACGGUGCUGAAGCGCCUGGACGGCGUGUGCAAGUCGCCCGUGUUCUCCGCGUUCUCCGGGACGCUGCACGGGCUCGUGACGACCAGGGCCUACCCGCACGCGGGCAAGCGCGCCGCGGAGGAGCUCGACGCGGCGCUGGCGACGUCGGCGCGGGCCUGGUACUGGUGGCUCAUCUGCAACCGCUACCUGGGCUUCCACCUCGACUUCCUCUGCUCCCUGUUCCUCGCCGCGGUCGUGGUGUUGGCCGUGCUCCUGCGGCGGUCCGUCGCGCCGGAGCUUUUGGCGCUCGCGCUGCUCUACGGCGUCCAGCUCAGCGGCAACUUCCAGUACAUGAUCCGCCAGCACGCCCUCGCCGAGACCUACAUGACGUCCGUGGAGCGCCUGGCCCACUACCGCGACGGCCUCGACAGCGAGGUCCGCGACGGGCCGCGGUCGUUCAACGACGACGACGACGACCCCUGGCCGCGGACGGGCGCCGUCGUCUUCGAGAACGUGUCCUGCCGCUACCGCCACGACCUGCCCCUCGUGCUGUCCCAGGUGAACGUCCGGCUCGACGCGGGCUCCAAGGUCGGGGUGGUGGGGCGCACGGGCAGCGGCAAGAGCUCGUUCCUGCUCGCGAUCCCGCGGCUCAACGAGGUCUCGGAGGGCCGCGUGCUCGUCGACGGCGUCGACGCGGCGUCCGUGCCCCUCCACGUGCUCCGGCGGGCCAUGGCCAUCAUCCCCCAGGAGCCGACGCUCUUCAGCGGGACGACGCGCUUCAACCUCGACCCGUUCGACGAGGCGUCCGAGGACGCGUGCUACGCGGCGCUGCGCAAGGCGCGGCUGCUGACGGCGAAGCACGACCCCCUCGACGUGCUCCGGCGGCCCGUGGGCGAGGGCGGCGGCGACUGGUCCGUGGGCGAGCGCCAGCUCCUCUGCCUCGCGCGCGCGCUCCUCCUCAAGCGGCGCAUCGUGUCCAUCGACGAGGCGACGGCGAACGUGGAUUUGGACACGGACCGCGUCAUCCAGACGACGCUCAAGACGGCCUUCCCGGGGUCCACGGUCAUCGUCGUCGCGCACCGCCUCCAGACGGUCUUCUCGAUCGCUCGCCGCGGCCUCGACGAUUCGCCCGCGGCGCCUCCCGCGAUCGCGUUCCGUCUCGCGGACGGUUCGCGCUUCACCGUCGAAGCGGGCGACGAGGCGGCGUACGCGCGCUUCGUCGAGCGGCCCGUGCUCUGCGAGUACGCGGGCGGCGUGGACUCGGACCUCGCGUCCCUCGCGACGACGAACAGCGCUCGCUACCUCUUCCGCCUCUGGCCCCAGAUUUUGAACCGGCUCCUCUACUUUACGGAGGUCGGCGUCCGGAAUUUCCUGUGGAUCGGCGAGCUUCCGCCGUCGCUCGGCCGCGCGACGUCGCCCGAGUGCCUCGCGAGCCGGUCGAUGCGGCUCUUCCAAAGCCGCCAGCCCCGGCGGCGCCUCGGCAUCACCGCGUCCUUCUACGACGGCGAAAAUCGGUCGCCGGCGAGGAACGCGACGGGCGUCGACGUCUCGCGCGUCUCGAACCACAUGCUCAAGGUUCCCGCGGCGCUCGCGACGCUCCGGCAUCCGACGGUCGCCGGCGUCGCGCUCCUCGACCUCGACGCCAUCGCGCCGGUGCCCUGGUCCGCGCCGGACGACCUGCGGGCGGCGCACCGCGGCGCCUUCGACGUCGUCUUUCCGUCGUCGAAGCGGCUCGGCCCGUCGUUCCCGUGCUGGCGCGUCAAGUCGAGCCACUUCUACGCGCGCGACGCGCCCUUUUCGCUCGCCUUCUUCUCGACCUGGUUCGCGAACCGCUGCUCCUUCAAGGACCAGUACAGCCUCUGGCACACGCUCCUCUCGGCGGCGGCGGCCGCGGGCUGCGUGCCCUACGACGGCGACAUCUACGAAUCCUACGAGUACUGGGAGGCCGUCUACGUCGAGAAGCGCUACGGCGACGGCGCCUAUCCCGCGGGCCUCAACCUCACCUGCGAACGCAUCCGCCGAUUCUGCCCGACGUUUCCCGUCGAUCUCGGCGCGCGCGCCUGCGCGCCGACGGGGCUCCUCGCCGCGUUCCACCACCACACCGUCGACGCCGUGCGGCGCUUCCCGCUCGCGGGCGGCGCCGACCUCGUCGUCGUCGACCCGAGGAUCCCCGGCGUCGACAAGCGGACGCGCCUGAGCAACCGCGACUUCCUCGCGCGCCUCGGCGUCCUCGGCCGCGACGACUGGCCCGCGGUCUAG